AUGACUCCAGAAACAUGAACAAUUGCUGCAGAUAGUUCAUCGAAUUACAGUCCAAGUGUUACUUUUGAUUCUUCAUCCUGCGCUACUGUCACAAAUAUCAACUAUACGAAUACUAAUGCAUUAAAAACUCGAGCAAGGAAUUCAUCCAUCAACCUUUCACUAUCAAUCACUACAGGUGACUCAAGCUAUGUUCUGAUUCUUGGGUUUUGUGAUGACGCGACAAGAACUUUCAAUGUAGUCGUAGCAGGAGUAACAAUAUGAUCUAGCUUUAGUCCGGGGACUCUUGCUGGAACUUGCAAAGUUAUUGAGAUCUAUACUCUAUUUACACUAUCGAAUUCAGGAACGAAAAUUACAAUUAAUGGCUCAGCAUACACGCAAAGCACUACUAAUGCAGUUGUUGUUGCACUUUCAAAUGGAAACAAUGGAGUAGGGCAAGCCCCAAUAAUCAAUUACACCAUUUGGUUAAAGGAGACUGCUCGAAAGCGAAUUAUUGCUCAGUGUGUAAUGACCAACUUUGUGCAACAUGCAAUGUAG